AUGGAGACCCCUGUCAAACAACAAGAAAAUCGUCCACAGCCGGCCCCGGUCAUACCCACUAAACCUCCCCCCGAAUUGAAGGCCCUCAAUCAUAAGCUUUUCGAUCAGCAUCAGCAUCGUUCAAGUGAUCCCGCCAUCCUCAAGAUGAUUGAAGCGCGGCAGAGGUUACCGGCGUGGGACCAUCAGAAGCUCAUACUGGAUGCUCUGGCAUCUCACCGCGUGAUCGUGGUGGAAGGAGAGACAGGUUGUGGUAAAACAACACAAGUGCCUCAGUUCAUUCUGGACGACUUCAUCACGAAACGCCGAGGCGCGGAGUGCAACAUCCUGGUCACGCAGCCUCGGAGGAUCAGCGCCAUUGGUGUAGCCGAGCGUGUAGCUGCCGAGCGGGCAGAACCACUCGGAAAAACUGUCGGAUACCAGAUCAGACUGGAAAGCAGAAUGAGCGACCAAACUAGGAUUUUAUUCGCAACUACUGGAAUCUUGCUCCGAAGGCUAGAAGGCGCAGGAGCAAAGGCGAUGGACGCCAAUGGAAGCGACGCUAAGCACCCUAGUGACAAUUACGAAGGUGGAAUCGAUGACAUUACGCACAUCGUUGUCGAUGAGGUGCAUGAGCGCUCCGUUGACUCGGACUUCCUGCUGAUGGUACUGAGGGAUCUACUGGAGACCAACACGAAGUUGAAGGUCGUCCUGAUGUCCGCGACUUUGAACGCGGCCUUGUUCCAAGACUAUUUCGGUGGACCGGCGGUUACUCCAAGAAUCCAUAUCCCCGGGCGUACGUUUCCCGUCAAGGUUAUGUUCCUUGAGGACGCCUUGGCGAAAACCAAGUAUAUACCUUCCGACAAGACACUCACGCGGCCACCCGUGUUUCAAAGAGGCAAUGGGCGGCAGCAGAGAAGGACGGAUUUACCCUCAUCUGGCACUGACGAUAGUGAUGACGGCCUGCAUCGCCCCCGAAAAAGCAAGGCUGAACGCUAUCCGCACAUUCCGGAAAAGGCUAUUGGAAGCUUGAGCGUGCUAGACGUGGACAAGAUUCAGUACCCACUGAUUGAGAAGCUCGUCGAAUGGAUGUGCGAGAGACUGUUACCGGGAUCCAAUCGAGGCAUACUCAUCUUUCUUCCGGGCUAUGCCGAAAUUUCUACUCUCCACGAUUUGUUAACGGCAAACCCACUGAUUCGCUCUGCUACCGGCAGUGGCAGGUUUUGCAUUCCGCUUCACGGAAACCUGAGCUCCAUGGAUCAACUCCGAGUGUUCAAGCGUCCUGACGAUGGGGCAGUCAAGAUCGUCAUUGCUACGAACGUGGCCGAGACAUCUAUCACUGUGGAUGACGUCGUGUGCGUCAUCGAUACCGGCAAGAUGAAGGAAACCCGAUACGAUCCCGCCAAGGGGAUGGCGAGUCUGGAGGAAUGCUGGGUGUCGAAAGCAAACGCCAUGCAAAGGAGGGGACGUGCAGGUCGUGUCACCGAAGGAUUGUGUGUCCAUCUGUUCACCUCACACACGUUCGAGAACGGAUUGGCUCAGCAGCAGAUACCAGAGAUGCGCCGGACUCCGCUGGAGCAAUUGUGUCUGCGGAUCAAGGUUUUACCUUUCCUUCGAGGCAGAAUCCACCACAUUCUCGAAAACGUCAUCGAGCCGCCGUCCCGUGAAGCGGUCACCAACGCUAUCAUGACCCUGCGAAGCCUACAAGCGUUGACUAGAGAAGAGGAUCUGACCCCAUUGGGAUUCCAUUUGGGCCGAUUGCCGGUCGACGUGCGGAUUGGGAAACUCAUCGUUUUUGGAAGCAUAUUCCAAUGCGUGGACUCGGUUCUGACGAUAGCAGCCAUUAUGUCUCACAAAAGUCCGUUUGUCGCUCCCUUCGACAAGCGAGAAAUGGCAGAUGCCCGAAAACGCGAUUUCGCAUUGGAAUCCUCCGAUCAGCUCACGCUUUUGAACGCGUACAACCAGUGGUCGGCGAUAAAGACAAAGGGCUUUGCGGCGGAAAAGAAGUUUCUAUUCGACAAUUUCCUCUCUGGCAAGUCUUUGACUAUGAUCGCCAGCAUCAAACGUCAGCUGGCCGAGCUGCUCGAAGACAUCGGAUUUCUUGACGACGGUUAUGUUCAGUUCUUGAGAAACCUCGAACGUCAAAGAGGAGGCACAGGAACGGUGGACGACCAUCAUGCCAACGCCCGAGGCAACGACUUCAAGCUCGUCAAGGCUCUCCUCGUUGCCGCAUUGUAUCCGAAUGUCAUCAAACAAGGACCGGAAACCAAGCCUGGAGCGUCUGCGGAGUCCAACUUGAUCGUCAAGGGCAACGAACAAGUCUUCAUUCAUCCGACCUCCAUCAACUUCCGCAGGCUGCCUCCCAAUGUCAUGUCCAACCGUUCUUCGACUCCGUUCCUCGUUUAUCACGAGAAGGUCAAGACCUCGAAAGUGUUCGUGCGCGACUCGUCGCUCGUCACGUCGCACGCCCUUGCCUUCUUUGGCGGCUCGGUGAAGUGGGAUCCAAGGCAAGGGUAUCUCAACAUGGAGGAUGGGUGGAUUCGUUUCAGAGCGCAGCCCAAGGUUGCCGCCGUGAUCGAGGGUGCGAGGGCGGCGUUGGAUGAGGUUCUUCAACGCAAGAUUCAGGAACCGACAUUGGAUAUUUCCAACGAUCCCAUUUUUGAUGUCAUCGUGAGCGUGGUUACGGGAUAG